AUGUCAUCAAAUAAUUUAAUUACAUUACAUAGAUGGUUAUUAUCAGAUACUCAUAAGAAUAUGGAGAAUAAAUUAGAAAUGGCAAAUUUAUUCUCAGGUAUAGCAUUGGCAUGUAAAAUUACAAAUAAUGCAAUAAAGAGAGCAGGUUUUGAAAGUAAUUUCGGUUUAGCAGGUAUAACCAAUGUUCAUAGUGAAGAUGUAAAGAAAUUAGAUGUCAUUGCAAACGAUGCCUUCAAGAUGGCAUUAAAAUCAACGCGUGAAGUAUUUUGCAUGGUAUCAGAGGAAGAAGAUUCAAUCAUUCCAGUAUCACAAUCACAAGCAGGUAAAUAUGUUGUUGCAUUCGAUCCAUUAGAUGGCUCAAGUAAUUUAGAUUGUAAUGUCUCUGUUGGCUCGAUCUUUUCAAUUUGGCCAAAGGCAUCAAAGGAUCACAACUAUUCAAACGAUGAUGUACUUAGAAAGGGUCGUGACAUGACUGCUGCCGGCUAUGCCCUCUAUGGCAGUGCCACCAUGUUGGUAUUGACAUUUGGCCAAGGUGUCUAUGGCUUCACUUUGGAUAACCAUAUUGGUGAAUUUGUUUUAACUCAUGUCGAAAUGAGAAUUCGUACCAAAGGUUCAAUCUAUUCAAUCAAUGAAGGUAAUUCAGUCUUUUGGGAUAAAGCCACCCAAGAAUACGUUAAAGCUAUUAAAUCUGGUGCUGAUGGUCGUGCUCCUUACUCUUCAAGAUACAUUGGUAGUAUGGUCUCUGAUAUUCAUCGUACUCUCCUCUAUGGUGGUAUCUUUAUGUAUCCAGGUGAUACCAAAUCUCCAAAUGGUAAAUUAAGAUAUCUCUACGAAGUUGCUCCACUCUCUUUCAUUAUGGAACAAGCAGCUGGUAAAUCAACUAAUGGUUCUUCACCUUGUCUUGACAUGAUUCCAAAAUCAAUUCAUGAAAGAGUACCAGUUUUCAUGGGUUCUCCAGCUUGUAUAGAUGAACUUUUAGCUUUUCAAAAGAAAUUUAAUCAUAAUCAUAGUACUACUUCACAACAUGAAAAAGAUAAUUAA